AUGGACUGUCACGUUUCUCUAGCCGUGUACUGGACUGAAAAUCGAAUGCACAUCAGGUAGCGCUGGGUACACCAAAGUUUUGAAUACGGCCGUAGAUCGGAAUAUUUGUGUCCGCCCGCGGAAGUUUUGACCAUGGAGACCGCGUUGAACAUUUAUCUGAAACGCAAAAACGCAGACAACGGACGGAUCCAUUAACAACGCGCAAAAAGACUCUGGGCGGACUAGCCACAUUCAGAAGGAAAAAAUAUUUCACUCGCUUCUACGUGAAAUGCCCAUUGUUUCUCGGUCUGGUCGUUUGGGCCGCGGCGUUCGACACACGGCGACACCUAACGUCCGUAGCGAUUUGGUUUUCAAUUAUUUUCCCUGUUACCGCCGCCCGGCCUGCGCACCGCACCGUGUUUCCCGCUCGCGUGCCGCCCCAGUGGUACCGCAGGUUGCGGACCGCCGGUUAUAGGACCGUGCACGAAGACUAUUCAUCUGACCCGAGACUGUGUAAUGCACCACGGUACGUUCAAACUUGCAUUGGGCCACUGCGCGGUUAAUUUGAUUAAGCGUCACCUGUAGAAAUAGAACCGCGAUCACGAAACACCGUGUCGAAUCGUAGAUACGAAUGGUGAAAUUUGCCCCGCUCUCCGGUGUAAUAUUUUUAAAUUCAACCCGUACCGUAGAAACAAAGCAACAGCCAUACGCGUUUAAAAUGUAUUAUCUUUAUUCUUUUCGUAAUAAUUAUUUACCUACGUAACACGGUUUUAGAACAUUUUUUUUUUUUUUUCUCAGUUUGCUCUCCGUUUGUUGCUACCAUAAAAAAAUUCCAUUGAACAAAAGGGCCCCGGGAGCACCUAAUUAGAAUGUUAGGCUCUCCGACUAAUAUAAUUCGUAGCGUUUGUUCUUACCACGAUGGAACCACAAUUGAACGUAAUUAAUAGAUGAUGAGUAAAUAAACAAAGUAAAAGGAAAUCCAGCUUGCUGUACAGUUUGUUAUAGGUACUGUACGAGUUAUGGCCAUCAGUACGGUGAUUUUAUCGUGUGUAUGAUGAUUCUCGUUAAAUAACGAUUGUGACUGCAAUUGGUUUAAAACAUUCAUUAUCAAAUGCGUCGAAAUUCGCAAUUGUUUUUCGGAAGUAAUUUCAGAUUUGUCCGAGGGUCCCCGGCCGAGCUCCGGGGCCCUUUUGCCCAGUGAUAGUUACGCCGCAGCGAAUAACCAAUGAAACAAAAACGACUUUACACGAUACGGUUAUUAUUGACGGAAAUUAUUAAGAUUGCAUUAUAUCGGUCGAGUACAAAGUUCAUUUAGCUAAACACGUUUAGUAUUAGGUACCUGAUUGUUCAACACACGUAAUCGCUAUUUACUAAAAAUAGUAUUUGUUAUAGUUUUUACGCUGUCUAAUCUUAUUGAUAUAACGAUAAAUUAAAAAAAAAAAAAAAAAAUCAAUUGCGCAAAAAUGUGUUAUCAAGGGCGCAUCUCCGCCGUCCAAAUACGCAAAGCAAGCCCGACUGCGCGUUACAACAAGCCCUGCUGCAUUCGGACUUGAUCGCGAUAGUGAAAUCGAAUAGUAAAAUUGGGUAUCGCCGAUUUGCCAUUUCGUAUUACAUUUUUUGGGUACCGAAUCCGAAGUCGGAAAUAACAAAUGACAAUUAUUCAAUUUGUGUUCAUAUGACGUGUCGUCGGCGUGUACAUUACCCGGGACAGCGGACCGCGGUCGACCGUUAUGGAAAAUCAAUCACGCCGCCGGGUUGCUACUGCCCGGCGCUGUACGUCGGCAAAAUCGAAGUUUCAUUUCACAGUUACUGCGAUUUUCCCAUUUUCUCUACCACACGAAUGCGUUCUAAGAAUAUACAAAUACCGGGUGACGCAUUUAAAUGGGUACACUGAUUAUCUCGGAAGGUAUUGACGUUUUUCGGGAACGGGUUUUUUAUAGGACAUUUAAGAAACGAGCAGCACUACAAUUUUAUUGUUAUGCUAUUUUUGCUCGCCCUCUUCCGUACCCGUUUAAAUGGAUCGCCCGGUACAGACGCGUAG